AUGUCGGCAAGCUACGGAAUUGCUAGGCGCUGGACGCGUGGUCUUAGAUCUGGGCAGAUUCAUCAACAGUUUAUGGGGUGUCUUCAAAAAUUCACCACGACCUCUAGCGCUUUAAACGAACUUAUCGUUGAUAUACCUUCUAAACAGCCAGAACUUGAUCCAAAUACUGUAACCACUAGUCGAGAUGAAAAGCGAUUAAUGAAAUCAGGAGUUUAUCCAAUUGGUUCUCGACGCCGACGUGCCGCAAUCAAAACGUCUGAUAAUAUCCCGUUUGAGCACAUGCCCUACCACUGUUUCCAAGAGGCGAGAAAAGUCUUAUCAGAGGAGCGAGAUGAAAUACUUGAAAAAAUACGCUGUGAAAAGCUUCGUAUUUCAAAAUGGCUUAAGCAAGACGUUUCAAAUUUAAAGGGGGGUCUACAACGACAUGAAACGCGCCUACGGGCCAUGAAAAAUUAUAUGAAUAAAUUGAAAAUACAAGCGGACAUAAAUGAUCCGCUCAUAAAGAAGAGGUUUGAGGACGGACUGGGAGACAUGAAUAAACCAAUUUACCGGUAUCUUGCCGAGAAGAAAUGGAAAGAAUAUGCCUAUCCAUUGAUCAUGCAACGUAUCGACCAAUUUUCCAUAGUUCCUGACUUACAACCAUUCUUCGAUCCUAGUGCUUCUGUCCAAGUUGCCUUUCGACAACGCAAAAUUAAACCUGGAGACUAUGUCGAUUCCCGCAUGAGCCAAGUUCCGGGCACACUUAAGAUUCAAGUUUUUGACCCUGGUGAGCGGUUGAUCACAGUAGUCAUGGUUGAUUCUGAUGUCCCUGAUGUGGAGAAGAACAGUUUCAUGUCUCGAUGUCAUUUCCUUGCUGUCAAUAUCCCUCUAUCUCCAACGCAAACCUCAGUACCUCUAUCUCGAGUCAGCUCUGCGCAGCUUGUUGCGCCUUGGCUACCACCCUUCGCACAAAGAGGAACACCUUACCAUCGCUACUCUAUAUUUGUUCUACAACAAAACCCAAAUAUCACACUUGAUGUGUCUGAAUUACAGAAGCAAAUAAAGCGCGAUCAUUUCUCCAUGCAAGCAUUCGUCAGCUGCCACAAAUUACGGCCGAUCGGAUUAGGCUUAUUCCGUAGCAUUUGGGACGAAGGGACUAUAAACGUAAUGCAAGAAGCUUCAAUUGAGGGCGCAGAAAUUAUUUAUAAACGAAAGAAAGUUAUUGCCCUCAAGCCUAAAGAGCGACCACGUGGAUGGGAUGCGAAGCACGCUCACCCUAAGUACGAUGCAAUGAUGGGGAAGAAUAGACGCCCUUUCAGUAAAGUACUCCGAAAAAGAUGA